AUGAUUUUAUUGUUAUUCACAGAUGCAGAGGAGUGCCUGCAGUGCCCUGAAGAUCAAUAUCCUAAUAGGGAAAGAGAUCGCUGCCUCCCCAGGACUGUGACCUUCCUGGCCUAUGAAGAACCUCUGGGAAUGACUCUGGCCUGUGCAGCCAUCUGCUUCUCCCUCCUCACUGUGUCAGUCUUGGGGAUCUUUCUGAAGCACAGAGACACCCCCAUAGUCAAAGCCAAUAACCGCAGUCUCAGCUACACUCUGCUGGUCUCCCUCAGCCUCUGCUUCCUCUGCUCCUUGCUCUUCAUUGGCCAUCCUACCACAGCCACCUGCCUGCUGCGCCAAACCACAUUCGCAGUUGUCUUCACAGUGGCCGUUUCAUCCAUUUUGGCUAAAACCAUCACUGUGGUUCUGGCCUUCAGGGCCACCAAACCUGGGAGCAGGCUCCGGAACUGGCUGGGAUCCACACCAUCUUACUCUCUCAUUUUCACCUGCACCCUCAUCCAAAUGUGUCUCUGUGGCAUCUGGCUUGGAACAUCCCCCCCGUUCUUGGAGCUGGACAUCCACUCUGAGCCUGGCUCCAUUAUCAUCCAGUGCAACGAGGGCUCCCUCCUCAUCUUCUACUGUGUCCUGGGCUACAUGGCCUUGCUGGCCUUAGCGAGCUUCACCAUGGCUUUCCUGGCCAGGAACCUGCCAGACACUUUCAACGAAGCCAAGUUCCUGACCUUCAGCAUGCUUGUGUUCUGCAGCGUCUGGAUCUCCUUCCUGCCCUCGUACCAGAGCUCCAAGGGCAAGGCCAUUGUGGCCUUGGAAGUCUUUGCCAUUUUGACCUCCAGUGCUGGGAUUCUCACUUGCAUCUUUGCUCCGAAGUGCUAUGUGAUCCUUCUAAGAAUAGAACAAAAUACUCGGGGGAUACUUAAAAAGAAAGCAACUCCCUCAGAAGCCAGGUCUUCUAAAGCUCGCCAAUCACAGUCAAGGAGCUCCUUUGAUCCAGUCAUAAUAAAAUGUUAA